GAGCUUGACGAACUCCAUUUUGUGAAGGCAGUUGAAGCGGAGGGUUAUCCUCGUGACAAGGCAAAAACCAAGAAACGACACUAAAAGUCUAAGUUAGCCUACGAACCACUCGUCAACCAAGUUAUCAUCCGAAAGGAAAGCAAAUCUUAUCGUAUGUCCACUAUCCAGAACCUUCAAACUUAUGACCCCUUUGCUGAUGCAAGUAAGGGUGAUGACCGCCUCCCAGCCGGGACAGACGAUUACAUCCACAUAAGAAUCCAACAGCGGAACGGAAGGAAGACCCUCACUACAGUUCAGGGGAUUUCACCUGACUAUGACAAGAAGAAGCUAGUCAAGGCCUUCAAGAAGAAGUUCGCUUGCAAUGGUACAGUGAUUGAGCACCCAGAGUAUGGUGAAGUGAUCCAGCUUCAGGGUGACCAGCGCAAGAAUAUCUGCUGUUUCAUCAUAGAUGUUGGCCUGGCUAAGGAGGAGCAGCUCAAAGUCCACGGCUUCUAGAGGCUAGCAGCCCCCUCCCACAUCUCUCCUGGAAGGCCAUUAAACACCCCCCCCCCCCCUUUCCUCCUUCCCUCCUCCUCUCCUAUGUGCUGCUGUUGCUCUUCCUGCCCCCCCUUGCAGCCCCACCAGCUCCUAUUAGCUAACACGUGAAUUACCUCUGACAAACAUGGGACUCUUUGACACCACCACCCCCGUACAACACCAGGGGGCAGGCUCGCUCUCAUAUAGACACACCACUGCAGCUCCACACAACAUCAGGGAUGAGUGGUGAUGACCCUCCAACACACACUUCCUCCUUCCUUUCCCCCUGUUAAUUUCCUUUUUUUAAUUUUUCUUUUUAGGUUCUGUGCCACAAUAAUGAGGCACCAUUUUGUGUAACUUUUUUGUUUUGUACUUAAAGGUGUUUAAAUAAAAUGGAUGUCCAUA